AUGACGACGCUCACCUACAAGGAUGCGCUCAACGAGCUCGACGAUCGACGCAUCAAGUCAAUCAAGCCGCUGAUUCCUCCGCAGAUCCUGGUCGAGGAAUAUCCACUGUCGCUCUCCGCAGCGCAGACUGUCGCUUCUGGUCGCAAGGCUACCGAGGAAAUCGUUAAGCAGGAAGACGAUCGCUUGCUCGUCGUCGUGGGCCCGUGUUCGAUUCACGAUGUGCGUUCCGGUCUCGAGUACGCGCGCAAACUCGCCGCUUACGCCCAAACUGCCAAGGACGAUCUGCACAUUGUGAUGCGUGUCUACUUUGAAAAACCUCGCACCACGGUCGGCUGGAAAGGUCUCAUCAACGACCCCAACCUGAAUGGUUCGUUCCAGAUCAACAAAGGACUGCGUCUCGCGCGCGGCUUCUUGCUCGAGGUCAACAACCUCGGCUUGCCUGCUGGAACAGAGUUCCUCGACACCAUCUCGCCGCAGUACACCGCCGACCUGAUCAGCUGGGGAGCUAUCGGCGCACGAACCACCGAAUCGCAGGUUCACCGCGAACUCAGCUCGGGUCUUUCGAUGCCGAUCGGCUUCAAGAACGGAACCGACGGUUCGAUCAGUAUCGCCGUGGAUGCUAUCAAGGCAGCUUCGUCCGAACACGUCUUCUUGUCCGUCACCAAGCAGGGCAUCUCGGCGAUUGUCGAGACCAACGGAAACGAUGCCUGUCACGUCAUCCUGCGCGGAGCUAACACAGGACCCAACUACUCGGCCGAACACGUUGGCGCGGUAUCGUCGAAACUCAACGCGGCCGGUUUGCCAGCGAGAAUCAUGAUCGACUGCUCGCACGGUAACAGCGAGAAGAAGCACGAGAACCAGAUCAACGUCGUCAAGUCGAUCGCAUCCCAACUCGCAGCCGGCGACUCGCAAGCUUGCAACAUCUUUGGCGUCAUGAUCGAAUCCAACCUGGUGGCCGGUAAACAGUCGAUCCCUGCGCAGGGACCCACGGCACUCAAGUACGGUCAGAGCAUCACCGACGCUUGCGUCGACUGGGACACCACCGUUCUCGCUUUGGAUCUCUUGCGAGAAGGCGUCCGCAAAAGAAGAUCAUCCCACCACGCUAGCAACUGGUUCAAGGCCAAAUUGAGCAGGUCCAGCAGCUCCGAAGGCGUCAACGACCACUUUCUCUCCAAGCAGUCCGAACACCACACCGGCUUCAACGACGAUGCGCUCACCACACUGGGCAAAUCCAAAUAA